AUGGCGUCCGGAAUAGCGACCGAAACCCCCCGCUUCUUGAGCUGCUGUAGGUUAUGGGAACGCGUGGACGCUCAGGCCAGCGAUGCGGCCCGACUCCAGGGUGAAAACAAGCUGCUGAAGCGCGCCGUGGCCAUCCAGAAUCAGCAGAAAGAGGAGGUUCAGAACGAGAACAACGCAUUGAAACAGCUGGCCACGCAGGCCGCCGAGCACAUGAAGCGUCUAGAGCAAGCCAACUACACGCUGAGGGUUCAUCUGCAGACCAGCACCAACGCCGGUCUCGGCCACCAGCAGCAGCCACCUGAUGUGUACUAGGCCAUCGAUGGCCACACAUGACCAGGCCUUGGCCUUCACUGGCCAAGGCAUUCUAUAGACGACCCAGUCCCGUUCUACUACCAUUCAUUAUUCUAUGGGCCGAUGUUGGAGUAUCAAAAGGCAGAAAGCUGCCACGAUACUUUGGCUCUCUCUCCCGUGACACCGUCGACGUCGUCUGUGUCUUCCGUUACUCAGUUGGAAGUAGUCAGCCGUCGGGAAGCUUUCUACUUCGUCCUCCACGAUUAACAACGAUCCAGUUUCUUCUCGACGAUCGACUGAGCUACCACCUGACGCAGGGCGAGAGAAGCACUUACUUUAUUUCGCAAAAAGCAUUUAAACCCCACAAACAUUGCCUAAUGCCAAACU